AUGAAAGAUGCUGCAGUGAUGUGUAGAGAACUAGGCUGUGAGGAGCCUGUUAAUGUGCGCUACCUUGCUCAUUUUGGACAUGGAUCAGGACCGAUCUGGAUAAAGGGUUUGAACUGUAGUGGAUCAGAGUCAACAUUGAAGAACUGUAGCACACUGGGAUGGUGGGAAGAUUUUUGUAAACAUGAACAUGAUGUUGGAAUCACCUGCUCAGGUAAAGAGAAGGAACCUACAAUUUAUGGUGACACCAUUACAGCUGAUCAGAAGACAGUUAUACUGACAGAUGGUGUGAGGUUGGUGAAUGGUGGAAGUCGUUGUGCUGGGAGAGUGGAGGUUUUUCAUGAUGGACAGUGGGGAACAGUGUGUGCUUCUGCCUGGGAUAUGAAAGAUGCUGCAGUAGUGUGUAGAGAGCUGCACUGUGGGGAGCCAAUAGCCCUCCGGUACUGGGCUGAGUUUGGAAAAGGAUCAGGACCAAUCUGGAUAUAUGAUUUGUACUGUAGGGGAUCUGAGUCAACACUGAACAACUGUAGCUCAAAAGGGGGACAUGUGUGUGAUCAUAUUAUUGAUGCAGGAGUCAUCUGCUCAGAGAAAAAGCCAAGACUGUCUGCUGGUCCUCACCGGUGUUCUGGAAGAGUGGAGGUGUAUCAUGGAGGUUCCUGGUCCACAGUGUGUGAUGCUGACUUUGACCAGCAGGAUGCAGAGGUUGUGUGUCGAGAGCUGGACUGUGGGAUUCCUGUGAAGGUGCUGGGAUCAGCUGCUUUUGGCCGAGGGGAGGGUCAUGUGUGGACAGAGGAGCUUCAGUGUAGAGGAACAGAAUCUGAGAUUGCCUUUUGUCCAACAUCAUCUUCACUCAAACACUCACACUGCUCCCAUGACAACGAUGUGGGAUUAAUAUGUUCUGGUCACACUGAGGCGCGGCUGGUGAACGGUUCUGACUCCUGCUCUGGUCGAGUGGAGCUCCAGUACCUCAGUGACUGGGGCACAGUUUGUGCUGUAAGCUGGGAUAUAAGAGCUGCAGAUGUUCUCUGUGCACAGCUGGAUUGUGGGAGUGCUGUGGCUGUGGUGGGGGUGGACUGGUUUGCGGAGGGGAGUGGCCACAUCUGGGCUGAUGUGUUUGAUUGUCAGGGGAAUGAGACACACCUAUCACAAUGUGGCAUCUCAUCAUGGAGUCGAGCUGCAUGCUCUCAUAAACACGAUGCUGGAGUCAUCUGUAAUGGAUCAUCCAUGGCGUUUCAUGAGGGGCGGGUGCGGUUGUCUGGAGGGAGCGAGUGUCAGGGGGAGGUGGAGAUUUAUUUCAGGCAGGACUGGAGGAGAGUUCUCCUGGACUCGUGGAGUCUGUCUGAGGCGUCUGUGCUCUGCAGACAGCUGGACUGUGGCUCUGUGCUGAACUACCGCUCCUCUCUAUUCACCACUGAACACAAACACAUGUGUGUAACGGGUUUCAGCUGCUCUGGGAGUGAAGCUCAUCUGGGGAACUGCAGCAGUGCACAACCUGUCAACUGCAGCUCCGGGGAACAGCUGUACAUCACCUGCUCAGACCCUCGGUCCAUCAGGCUGGUUGGUUCUGGGGGAGACUGUGCAGGAAGACUGGAGGUUUUCCACAGUGGCUUGUGGGGGACAGUGUGUGAUGACUCGUGGGAUAUUGAGGAUGCGCAGGUGGUGUGCAGACAGCUGCAGUGUGGAGUGGCCCUCAGUAACCACAUACCAGCCUGGUUUGGUCCUGGAACUGGGUCCAUAUGGCUGAAUGAGGUGGAGUGUGAGGGGAACGAGACGUCCCUGUGGAACUGCAGAUCUCAGCUGUGUGAAGAGGGGGAAUGUGGACACCAGGAGGACGUAGGAGUCAUGUGCUCAGAGUUUAAAGAGAUGCGACUCACAGAGGGCUGUAAGGGGAAUCUGGAAGUGUUCUACAAUGGAACCUGGGGUAAUGUGUGUCACAAUCAGAUGGAUGAUAAGACAGUAAACAUGGUGUGUCGAGAGCUGAACUGUGGAAGAUGUGACAGUCUGUCAACUACUGAAGCAAGAGUCAAAUCUGCUCCUAACUGGCUGGAUAAACUAAAGUGUAGGAAACACGACUCUAAUCUGUGGCAGUGUCCAUCUUCACCCUGGGGACAGAACAGAUGUGAUAAUCAGGAGGAGGUGGCUCAUAUUAUCUGCACAGAUGAUGAAGAGUUUCUACAUACACAACAAAAAUGCUUUUCCCUUCCCUCUCAGAAACACUGCUCAAAGCACUGGUCUCUCAGGCUGAGUGGAGGAAAGGGAAGCUGCUCUGGGAGGUUGGAGGUGUAUCAUAACGCUACGUGGGGCUCCGUUUGUGAUGAUCAGUGGAACAUCAGUAACGCUCAGGUGGUGUGCAGACAGCUGGGCUGUGGCUCGGCGCUGAGUGCUGAUAGGAAUGUUAGCUUUGGUCCUGGUGAAGGGACUAUCUGGCUGAACAGAGUGAAGUGUCGAGGGGAUGAGAUUCACCUGUGGGACUGUCAUCAUUCCCUGAAGAAACAUACUGACUGCUCUCAUGCUGGAGUCACCUGUGCAGGUCUUUAUGUAAAUACAGAAAUAUCCCCCAUGUCCACCCCUACAACCACCACCACCACAUCAGGUAUGUAUAUUUCCGCUCCAAAUCCUCCACCAGCUGUAGCUCCACCCACCCCUCCACUGGUUCUCUUUGUGUUGGGAACGCUGCUCUUCCUGGCCUUAGUACUUCUGGUGGUACUGUUUUACCAGAACAGAGUGCUCAGGAGAGUUGUCUCUAAGACGAGGCGUAAGACUCAGCCUGAGGCAGUCUAUGAGGAGAUCAACCACAGAUACAUCACUAGAAGAAUCACGAGCUCCACUCAAAGAGGAAGUCUCCUCUCUGAAGAACAGCAUUCUGGGUAUGAGCAUGUGGAUGAUGAGCUUCUCUCAGUAAAGUCUGGGAUUGGAGAAAAGGCUGAGUAUUAUGAUGAUGUCAUCGACACCAGUGACUUCAUAAGUGAUACAGGAAGAGUUGAGCCACCAGAGGACUACGAUGAUGCCGUCACUGCUGGACCCAUCGCUGAUAACGUGGAGGAGGAUGAAGCUGAGAAUUAUGAUGAGGCCAUUACAGCUGAUCAGAAGUCAGUUAUACUGACAGAGGACGUGUCCGAGAACUAUGAUGAUGCAGUUACGGCUGAAACAAACACAAACAUCACCACAGAAUAUGAUGAGGUGGAGGAGAAAUCUCAGAAAGACAGGGACCAUGUGACUGAGACACGCCCCCAAAGGCCUUUUCUCAGGAAAUUACAUUUCAACUUUUAUAAACACAAACAAUGAUUUGAUUCUACUUCCAAUAAUUUCAUGCAUUCUGAACCAUGUUCAUUUUCUCACCUUGUUAUUAGCAAAUAGAUUAGGGAGAGUUAAAUCAGCUCCAUUAUUACUGAACCAAAUGUUUCCAGCUUUCCUUUUACAACACAUUUCUGACAAUUCAUCUGAAUAUCUUGUCUUUGUAAACAAUAUGCAAGCAAUAUAUACGUCUAGGUUUCAUGCUGUGUGUUUAACUAUAAAACAUAUCAUUGAAAUGAAUGUUUUGUUGCAGUCUCUAUUAGGGAGCUGUGUA